AUGGCACAACAUGCCUCGCUGAACCCUUCCGGCAACAUGCUAUUGGGCAAUCCUCCCAUCACCACAGGAUUUGUUGCAGUUAAACCCCGCAGCCACUUCAGGACCACAUCCGAGUCUAAGACACACAGCCAAGAUAAUCGAGAUGCCAGUCGAGUGUGA